AUGCCCUCCUUCCGCGCCUACCUCACCUCCUGGGCCGUCUGGGGCCUGUACUACCGCCGGAAACGCUCCUCAGAGCAUCAACUUCUCAUCGACGUCCGAGAUCAGUGGAAGAGCGAGUAUAAGCAAGAGGUUGUUCCUCGUUUCAUUGCUGCAGCGACGGGCACGAUUAGCGUGACCGAGGAGCAGUUCAAAGGGGACGGGAAGGGCGGACAAGAGUGGAAGGUGUUUCACUGUGCGGUACCUGCCGAGGCUGGAGCUGCUGGGGAUAAGGUGGUAGUGUACUGGCAUGGCGGAGCAUUCAUCAAUGCUGCUGCCCCGCAGCAUUGGGGCGUAGUUCACCGUAUCGUCCGCGAUCACCACCAAGCGGUCGUCUUCCCCCAAUACACCCGCGCGCCCCUCAGCACUGCGGACGACUGGUGCCGCAACGCACUUCAGUUCGUACUCGGUCUCGCCUCUGAUCCGAGGUACAAGGGCAAGCAGAUCGUUCACAUGGGCGACUCAGCCGGCGGGUGGAUGUCUUUGAGGUUCCGGAUGCUGCUGUGCGGGAUACUGCUCGGCGAGGAGGAGGUCAAGGAUAUGGAGGUGGACGAGGCUGUCAAGGAGAGGAUCAAGGAGGUGAUGGAUGCGAUGGGACCGACAAUCCUGAUCAGCCCGGUGGUCAAUCAGGAGAUGUCGCAGGAGCUGGAGGAGAAGAAUGCUAUCGAUCCCUGGCUCAGUACGACCCUCCUCCUGGCCACUCGUAGCCUCUGGGUUCGCGGACCCGCUGGCUCUCCCGAGAUCGACUACGACCUCCCUGCCGACUAUAUCGUUCCUCCGCCGCGGUCAGACCUGACCGACAAGCUCUAUUCGGACCCGCGAUACUCGCUCAAGAACGGCGUGGAUGUGUUCAAGCGCUACCACGACAAGUAUCCCGGUACACCGCCCUUCCACCUCCUUACGAUGAUCGGAACGUACGAUCUCUGCCAUGUAGGCUGUGAUGUGAUGCAGCGGAAGCUAGAGAAGCUGGGCGACAAGGUGGUCAAGGCGGACUACAUUGAGGAGGAGGGCUGUGUUCAUGUCUACCCUAUCCUCAAUAUGCCCGAGGCGGAUGUAGCGUGGGUCAAGAUUGGCGAGCUGUUGAGGGAGUAG